UCCCGCGAGGCUGCGCCUGCGCAGCAAGGUCACGUGGUGGCUGGCCGGGAAAAUGGCGGCUUCGGCUGAAUGCGGUGGUUCGGGCGGCGGAGGCAGCACGGAGGAGGCUUUUAUGACCUUCUACAGCGAGGUGAAACAAAUAGAGAAGAGAGACUCAGUUCUAACAUCCAAAAAUCAGAUUGAAAGGUUGACCCGUCCUGGUUCCUCUUACUUUAAUUUGAACCCAUUUGAGGUUCUUCAGAUAGAUCCUGAAGUGACAGACGAGGAAAUAAAAAAGAGGUUUCGGCAGUUGUCUAUAUUGGUGCAUCCUGACAAAAAUCAAGAUGAUGCUGACAGAGCACAGAAGGCUUUUGAAGCUGUGGACAAAGCUUACAAGUUGCUACUGGAUCAGGAACAAAAGAAGAGGGCCCUGGAUGUAAUUCAGGCAGGAAAAGAAUACGUGGAACACACUGUUAAAGAGCGGAAAAAACAAUUAAAGAAGGAAGGAAAGCCUACCAAUGUAGAGGAGGAUGACCCCGAACUGUUUAAGCAAGCAGUGUACAAACAGACCAUGAAGCUCUUUGCUGAGCUGGAAAUUAAAAGGAAAGAGAGAGAAGCCAAAGAAAUGCAUGAAAGAAAGCGACAGAGGGAAGAGGAGAUUGAAGCUCAAGAGAAAGCCAAACGAGAGAGGGAGUGGCAGAAGAACUUCGAGGAAAGUCGAGAUGAUGGUCGAGUGGACAGUUGGCGAAAUUUCCAAGCAAAUACUAAAGGGAAGAAGGAGAAGAAGAACCGGACCUUUCUGAGACAACCAAAAGUAAAAAUGGAGCAGCGUGAGUGACCAGCAGGGUCACAGCCCGAAGCUUCCCAGCUGUCCCCUCCUGCUUCAAAGGACUCAUUCGUUCCUCCCACUUCACCCGACAUAGAGUAGCAUUUGCUUUUUAGUCCAUUUUGUUUUCAAUACAAUUUAAUAUCAGAGUAAUUCUUUUGUACAUUGAAAGGAGGGGCUUGGUUUAACCUUCCCCUGGUCCUUACCCAUAGAACCACCAGGAUGGGAAGGUGCCAACCCUGUUGCCGCCUUCCCUUCCCACAGUCUGUAACUUAAUGUUUUGUACUUCACUGAAUUGUGAUGGUUAGAAAUGUCAUGUACAGUUUGUGAAAAUCAUCCAAUUAAAUGUCUUGCUUACAAUGGUGUUGCCGUGACUUCAGAGACAAGCCUGGGCCACCUUAGGAAGCCCCUUUGCUUGCUUCUGGGGAUGCCAUCCUCAAAGUCCUAGAUCAGACAGGUGAGGUGUUGUGGACUCACAGGGCAGUCACUGGAUGCUCUGAUGCUCUGUGGUGUUUGGCAUAUGUCCUUCUGACUGACCAAUCAGCGUGGCAUGAGGCCCCAAGCCUCCUAAACCUGUUUACUUUCCAAAGAGCCAGCCAUCUUCCAUCCAGUCCCAUUGUGUCCUAGCUUGUCUGUAUUCAACAGCAGUAAUGUUCUUAAUGUAUAAUAAAUUUUUUUACCCAAA